AAAUAUUCUCUAUUCUCUUCACCGCCUUAUUUCAUUUUCUUCAAUUUCCCUCUGCUCUCACCCACCACCCAAACCUACAAGUCAAACCCCCGCCGGAAAAAUGACCACCUACGGCACCAUUCCCACCUCCUCCUCCGCCAGCCCCUCCUCCAACCUUGACUACAUCUCCCGCGCCAAAGAAAGAAUCAAAGCCGGCCUAGGCUCCCGCCAUCCUUGGAGAGUCAUGUUCGAUUUCCACUCCCUCAAGUUACCGUCCAACUUCCAAGAAGCUUUCGUCAGAAUCAAAACUAAUGUUUCGUUUUUUCGCAUGAACUACGCCAUCAUCGUGCAGUUGAUAUUGUUUCUCAGUCUCUUGUGGCACCCUAUCUCGUUGAUUGUGUUCAUAAUCAUGAUGGCUGCGUGGUUGUUUCUUUACUUCCUGCGCGAUGAGCCUUUGGUGGUUUUCGGCCGCAUGAUCGACGAUCGUGUUGUCCUCAUCGUCUUGUCGGUGCUGACUCUUGUCUUCUUGUUCUUGACGGACGCCACGGUCAAUAUCUUAGUGUCGCUGCUUAUAGGGGUGGUACUUGUGGCGGUGCACGCGGCGUUCAGGAGGACGGAUGAUUUAUCGUUGGAUGAAGAAGCUGCAGGGUUGAUGACGGCGACUUCAGCUAGAUCUUCGUCUUCUUAACGUUUGCUAUUUGUUAAAGUUUAUGAUUUUGAAUUUGGUUUGACGGGUAGAUGGAAGAAGAGGUGUUAAUGAAGUUUGAGCUUUCUGGAUUUAUUUGAAUAACAUCUGGACCGGAUCCAACUAAGUAUUAUUAUUAUUAUUUUUUUAAACAUUAUUAUGAUUUUUUAUUUUUAUUUGUUAUAAUCCCAAUGCACUGAAAUGUAAACCACCAACAAAAUCAAUUUUAUCUGUUUUUACUUACUUCAA